GGGGGAAAAGAGGGUUCUUUUGAGACUAAAUCAUGGCUUGGAAUUCUAUUGUUGUCACUUUGCAUAGCGCUAAGGCUGGUAAGUCUAUGUAGCCUUUUGCGAUGGGCUCUGGUUAUGAUGGCGGUGCCUCUAGUAGGCAUACAUGGAAAUAAAUUUUUGGGUAUCGCAUCUUUUUUUUCUUUCUCUCUUCCGCCGCCUUCUUCUUCUUCCUCUUCUUCUUCUCCAGAAGUGUGGCAUCUUCUUUUGUUUUGUUUUUAUUCAUAACGCCCACCCCCUCCCCAACCCAAUUUGUGCCAUGAUAUCCCGUUCCCACGUUGUAAAUUCCAAAAUGUCAAAAUGCGAAUGAAACAAGCGAAACUCGUUGGAAAAUGAUAUGUCUU